AUGACUGGUAUCGUGUUUGUCCUAUGGCAUACAUGGCAUUAUGAUCGGUUCAAGUGCUUGUGGUACACCAGACAAAAUUGGUUCACCGUCUUAAUGGUCCACGUCCUCAUGACUUCCCUGAUCCUAUUCCUCGUUGCCAAUAGUUUGCAAGUACACGUAUCAUAUAAGACUUAUUAUGUUCCUGUCCUCGGACAAGUGAUUGAAGCCCCUUGGCAACUCUGGCCAGAGAAAUAUCAACAUCUUUGGCGUCAAAGCUUAUACGUAUUUACCGGUGGAUGGAUUUUACUUCAAACAGUUCAUUUAGAAGAGUUUCUUUACUGGGGUUAUCUUAUUCAAUCGAUUAGAACGCCAGGAGGACCUAAACGUACUUGGCUGCAUUCAGGUUGGCUCAAACUUUUCCUUGGUGUUGUAGCAUGCAGUACGGCAUUGUUAUAUGCUGCUUUGGGAAUAGAAACCACAAAUUUGGAUAUGAUGAGGGCGUACAUUUUCGUAGUUGGGGGUACUAUGUCUUGCACAAUGGCUCUCGCUUCAUGUUAUCUUUGCAUCAUAUUCCCUUCUUUCAUUCGUAGUGUCACACGUAUGGGUGCGACAUACGAAGUCGUAGAGAGAUUGUCUUUCUUCCAAGAAACGAAUUCUAUACGUACCGUUUUCCGAUUGAUUUAUUCAUCUUGUUUGACUAUCCUCUCCGCCGACGCUCUGAGCAAGAAACAACGUAUCAAUCGUUCCGCAGUCGGUACUGACAUUCUUACUAUUCUAGGAUAUCUUGGUUUAUUCUGUGCUACGUGUAUCAGUAUCAUCGUACUUUUACCUCGUAAUAUGGCAAUUGAAUCCGUUCCAACUCAAAUCCCAAAUCUUCAUCCUAUGAUCCCAUACAAAAGACCACUUCCUUCAGCCGCCUCACACAAAGGUUUCGCAGAAUUGGGCGAUCGACUCAAUAUCGAACCUUCUGGUUUAGCACCUGUUCUCGAAGACGAUGGAGAAGGUUACGAAUUAUCUCCUGCUACUCCACAUGGAAGAUUUAGACAAGAAGAAGCUCCUUUCGCUGGUGUGGCAGAUAAGAGUAGGAAGGCUAGGAUGAGUGAGAUGCCUAGAUUACCUAGUGUUUUACAAAAGUUUAAAAGUCCGUUGGAAGUUACCGAACAUAAGAGACAAGGUCCACCACAAGUGUUUGUGACUACUAGUCAUACGGUGGUGAGGGAUAGUUGA